UGUAUGGUUACAGAAAAUGACCGUCGUGUCGCCCGCUGUCCCCUACGCCCGACGAGGGCGCCACUCUGUGUGCCCCACUCCCACCCCCGGGACGCUAGUGGCCCUCCCGGUGAUGGACAGGUUGAGAGGCCUGGGAAGCGCAGGCGCAGUAGCUUCGGAAGCGCUUCCGGGACGGCGCUGUGGAACUUUUUUGGCGCGAGUGGGGGGCGGCGGCCGGGAAAUCGCGGUCCGCACUCCGCGUUCUGGGUCCCGGGCCGCCAUGCGCUACAACGAGAAGGAACUGCAGGCGCUGUCCCGGCAGCCGGCUGAGCUGGCAGCCGAACUCGGCAUGCGAGGCCCCAAGAAGGGCAGCGGUGAGUGGGGUAGGGCCAUCCGGCUCGUCUGCCCCCAGCCCGUCGGAGCUCUCCUGCUGGAGCACUGCAGAGUCGCCCAGGAAGAGCCCAGCGGCUUCUCCAUCAGUUUCAUCGAGGACCCGGAAAGGAAGUAUCACUUUGAGUGCUACAGCGAAGAGCAGUGUCAAGAGUGGAUGGGAGCUCUGCGUAGAGCUAGCUACGAGUUCAUGCGCAGGAGCCUCAUCUUCUACAGGAACGAGAUCCAGAAGAUGACUGGCAAGGACCCCCUGGAACAGUUCGGCAUAUCGGAGGAGGCCCGGUUCCAGCUGAGUGGCGUGAAGGCAUGAAUCUGGGGGUUAGGCUUGGGCUCCUCAGCUUGACUCACCGAGGCCUAAAGGAGCCCUCCCUACCUCACCAGGCCAAGCCUGGGUUUCGGAGUGAGGUGUUUCAGUAGCCCCAGGCUGGUGAGGGUGGGCAGAAGCUGUGCCUUGGGACCCAUCAUACUAGUCCAGCACCUCUCAGUGCCACAUGCUGCUGCUAGAGGACGAGCACACACUCCCAGGAGCUGUGCUUGGUUCCUCGGGCUCACCUAUCUAG